GGAUCGGCGGCCAGGAUUGCGCCGCCCUGCGACGACGAGACGAGAAGCGACCCUUCUCCGAGCACCCUCCCCACCUCCUCCAGUCCUCCGUCCUCGCCAUAUAAACCCCUGCGGUCAGGGGAGCGUGGCUGCCAUUCGACCCAUAAGCUUUUGCGAUCCCUCCCUCUCCCACCGCCGCAUCGCAUUCUCCGGUCCGAAGCUCUCUGCUCGCAGCCAUGGGGAAGAGCUACCCGACCGUGAGCGCCGAGUACCAGGAGGCCGUCGAGAAGGCCAGGCGCAAGCUCCGCGCCCUCAUCGCCGAGAAGAGCUGCGCCCCCCUCAUGCUCCGUCUCGCGUGGCACUCGGCGGGGACGUUCGACGUGUCCUCGAGGACCGGCGGCCCCUUCGGUACGAUGAAGAACCCGGCGGAGCAGGCGCACGGCGCCAACGCGGGUCUGGACAUCGCCGUGCGGUUGCUCGAGCCCGUCAAGGAGGAGUUCCCCAUCCUCUCCUACGCCGACCUGUACCAGCUUGCGGGAGUUGUGGCCGUGGAGGUGACCGGUGGACCUGAGGUCCCCUUCCACCCCGGUAGGGAGGACAAGCCUCAGCCCCCACCUGAGGGCCGCCUUCCUGAUGCUACUAAGGGUUCUGACCAUCUGAGGCAAGUCUUUGGCAAGCAGAUGGGCUUGAGCGAUCAGGACAUUGUUGCCCUCUCUGGUGGCCACACCUUGGGAAGGUGCCACAAGGAGCGGUCUGGUUUUGAGGGGCCCUGGACUAGAAACCCUUUGGUCUUUGACAACUCUUACUUCAAGGAACUUCUGAGUGGUGACAAAGAGGGCCUCCUUCAGCUCCCAAGUGACAAAGCCCUGCUGAGCGACCCUGUCUUCCGCCCUCUCGUGGAGAAAUAUGCUGCGGAUGAGAAGGCUUUCUUUGAUGACUACAAGGAGGCCCACCUCAAGCUCUCUGAACUGGGGUUCGCUGAUGCAUAAAAUGGCGUAUCCUAGACUACUACGUGCUGCUGCUUGUAUGGGAUCGUGUAAUCUUGUUUUGCAUCUGGAGUCAGUGUGAACCAGCAGAUUAAGUAUCUUCUCUGUAAUAAAUUUGUUACCAAGUCAGUGUUUGGCUAGACUCUGAUGCUGUAUCACUGAAACUACAAGAUCUAUGAUCUACCUUAUGAAUGCAGUACGUUCUGUUACCUCAAA